CUAACACCCCCCUUCCUGCCCCAGGUCCGGCAUGGUGCAAGCCCCCGUGGUGCAUCAGAUCACAACGGCAGGGUCCCACACGCCACCGCCACGCAUCGCCACGCCCCCGCCAGAAGUGCCUGUGCAGGAAGAGGAGACGUUCGUGCCAGAGGUGUCGCAGACGAUGGCAGAGGUGGUGCAGUUGGCGGUGCAGAACAAGGAUAAAGUGAAGGUGGCGAAGGACGAUGGCGAGACGCAGGAAGCGACACACCUGGAACAGCAUGACGCUGUCAGGCCGCCGGCCCAGGCUGAACCGGAACACAAGGAUGAAACACCCGCCACGGUGAGUCACACGAGCGACGCUGAGAAGAACCAAACCUUAUCAGAAGCCAUAAAAGAUAGCAUCAGGCACACUGAGACUCCCAUUCCCGCCAGUGCCCCAACCACUACAAGCAGGCCCAGUUCAAGCGACCGGACGGCGACGUCCAGCAGGCCUCCAUCGAGCGGUGGCUCAGCAACGCCGAGAAGAUCAGAUUCAAAGGAAGAAGUCACGAGCUCUAGCAGGCCUUCCUCAAAGGACAGGCCUAAGAACCCCAGUAGGCCUGCUUCGAGGGACAGAGCAACUGACUCAAGCAGACCGAGUUCGAAGGACAGGGCCAUGAGCUCAAGCAGACCUGCCUCAAAAGACAAAACAGUAAGCUUCAGCAGGCCUACUUCCAAAGACAGAGGAGUGGCAUCCAAAAGACCUCCUUCAAAUGAGAGUGCUAAUGGUUCAAGCAGGCCUAAUUCGAGGGACAGAAGCAUAAGCUCCAGCAGGCCCCCUUCAAAGGACAGGGCCAUGGGUUCGAGCAGACCUACUUCAAGGGAGAGAGGGAAGCCUCCCAGCAGGCCCAGCUCAAGAGAGAGAGGUUCAAGAUCAGGCGCCUCCAGCAGGCCCACGUCAAGGGAGAGGCCCUCCAACGCCAAGACAGACACGAAAAGCAUCCUGACAGCCGUAGAUGAGGACAAAGAGGCUGCCACCCGGACAUCCAGGUCCACCACUAGGGGCAAGGAAACCACUGAAUCCUCUAAAAUCCCACCAAAAGAGUCUGUAAAGAAGCCAUCAAAGGCCGACAACGGGCCACCUGCUGCUUCAACCCAAAAGUCAAGUAGAACUCGUUCCGGCGCGGAGAGUCCGUGGACAAAGCUUGCAGCGUCACAGGAGAGCAACAAGCCAAAUCAACAAAAGAACGUUGAAAAAUUGUACCAAAGGCUUAUUAAGAAGCACGUGUCAGGUAACACCACCACAGCAGCACAGGACGCCGCAGGACAUAAAACUGACUCCACAGGUGGCCACGCCGCUAAGUACAGAGUGCUGAGCCAGACGCCGGACCUCCGUGACGGGUCGCCCUUAGUGCCCACUACCACCAGGGGGGAGGAGUCACCGCAACAAAACGACGCUCUCCUGGUGGGCGUGCCCCACUCCCUAAAAAGCAGCUCCUCAAGGCCGAAUACUCCAAAGCAAGACUCCCCCAGCAGCCUCGACACAACAGCCGCGGCAGCACAGCAGGACGGCCAUGCUAAGAAACCCGACUCCAGGCAGCCUCCAGUGCAGGAGAUACAACCGAGUCGCUCCCUGCUGGCGAGCAUGGCAGAGCACAAUUUCCAAAAUGCUCGAAACCAAACUCCAAGUUUGAUCCAGCCUACAGGAGAAGCCCCCAAGGAAGCUAACUCACAAGAUGAUCAAGUAGCAUCCAAAAGUCAUCCACAAGAUAUCAAACCAAAGCCUGAUGAGGAUGGAGCCAAUCAGAGCACAGAACAAGUUGCUGAGAAAUCAGGCAGCCAACCGGGAGGCGGCAAAGAGUCCCCGACGGACCAAUCAAUAACUGAGAACGGUGUCGCGAGCAGCACGACGAGCGUGAAGGAUAGUGGCGGGAAGGUCCCAGAGCUCGCCAGUGGUCCCUCACGUGUGGCGCCGAGCGGAGGCAGCGAGAACAAUGCUGCUGGAAACACUGGCGAGGCUUCGCCCAUAACACAAGGCGAUGCGGCAGUCAGCGGCAGCGUUACGCAAGUUAUUCCACAGGAGCCACUGAAACCCUUUCCCUACAGUGACCAUGUCGCAGCCCCGACCCAUGGCAUCCAUGACGGAGGCUUCCCACGUGCUCCUGAACCCCCGGCAUCCUACGCACCCCGCCUGCGGGGUGAUGUUCUCGUGAAGGCUUUGGAAGAGUCAGCGAGGACCAACGCAGGUGGCAGACUACACUUACCCCCACACACGGGCCAAAGCGCCAUGCCCUACCAUAUGUCCCCACGAGGCACCUCCAUGUCGGCCGUGGAGGUCCCAGAACCCACUCUGGCCACCGUGUCGCUUGCCGUGUCCAAGGGCGCCAAUGAGGUGGGUCGCCCAGCGCCCUUGCGUAACCAGGGCGGCGGUGGUGGCCUCUUUAAUCGCCUCACCUCAAAUUCUUCCUCCACCAGUCUGUGGCACAAAAUUACUCCGCUGGCCGUGAGACCUUCCAACGACUACUACCGCGAGCCCCGGGAGUACGAGGACUACCUGCCGCGGGAACCGCCCAGGCCCGUCCUGCAGCGCCGUAACUCCCUCGGGAGGAUCAACGCACGUGACUACGCUGACGAUGACUACUACUACGACGACGACUACAACGAAUCCUCGCGUCACACAAAGGAGAAAGAGAGUCGCGGGGCGCAGACAGUACGUGUGAAAAACCAGCAGCCAAGACACGGGAUUCUCAAAAAGACGGAGACUCGGCAGGUUCGGAAGGAGGAGCCGCGCAACACCAUCCUCGAGAAGCUGGAGGAGUAUCGGAACAGCCCGCCCAUCAUCAUCGCCAGUGGCAUCGUGCCCAAGAACCUGGAAAGUCUUACCUCGGAGUACCAGGCGACGCGCGGCAAGGGAGGGGGGGGCAACGACUCCCAGCGGAAUGGAACCAAAAACCACAAGGAGAAGGAGCACUUUCAAGACCGAAACGGAGAAACAGGAGUUACGGCCCCCCUGCUGGCGACAUCGGGGCACAAACAGACCAUCGGGGACGUUUUCGACCGUCUACAUAACAACCGGAGGCUGGAACACGCGGCGCUCGUCUCCAGGAAGCCAGAACUCAAACAGAAACCGAAGCCGAUCCCCGCGAAAAGCAAGGAGAAAGACGCGGGUGUUACCAACGUCACCCCCCGAGGAACCGUCACAGAGCCCCAGCGACACCACCUGCAGAACGGAGGGAAGGACGUCUAUACACGACUCUACCAGAACGCAGCGCCCCCUCGAAAACGGAGAGACGAGUACGGGGAAACGACACGUCUACUGGAUAACGCUGCCAACACCGCCGCCCCCGCUGUCGCGUUUCGUCACGAGGGCCAAAAGACUUCCCCGCGGGCCUCCAAGGAUGUACAGAAGCUACAGACCCGCGCCGAUCACGUCAUUAAUAUGCCCAUGUGCGAGUCUCCCACGCCCGCGCAGGAGCCUCUGGGGCUGGCCCCGGACAUCGUGGUGGACGACGAGCCGGCAGCCGUCCAUCCCGGCCACGUGGAGCAAACGGGCAAAGGUGGCAACGACAAGAUACCCAUCGUACUCCUUCAAGGAUUCUUCCAGGGCCCGGGAGUUAGGUCGCCGCAUCAUCGUCGUCCCUCAAUGAGUGUGAACGAGCUCACGCUGCCGCCACACCUGGUCGACGUCACUUCGGUCAUCCGCGGCGCCCUGCCCGUCCUGCCCCGCUCGCUGGCCGCCCUCUGCCUCACCCUCAACAUUCUCCUCCCCGGUCUCGGAACAGCAGCGAGUGGGUGGCUGGGCCUGUGCUGGGGAAGGAACCGCAUGGGAACAGUGGAGACCAGUGGCCACCGCUUCACCUCAGUAGUGGUGACUGCUGCCACUGGCCUUGUCCAGCUCUUCACAGUGACCUUCUUCCUUGUUGGAUGGUUCUGGGGGGUGGCCUGGGGCAUCCUCCUAGUCUCCAUCGCCAACAAAUACACCCAGUUCGUGUCGGAGCAUCGUUCAUCAAUCAGUGGGGCGGUGAGCCUCGAGAUGCUGGCGGUCAACGCCAGCUAGACAUUGCAAGCUCCGACCCUCCCCACCCCCACCACCUGCCACCACUCCAGGCUUGGCCACGACACAUACGGCCACACCACCAAGGGCCACAGUACACCAUCUCAUCUCAUCCCUCUCUGCCCUUCACAAGAUCAUACCUCCCUAGCCCACAGCACUCAUGGCCACACCACUUGAGGCCACACCACCCGCUGCCUUCACACAGACCAAAGCCACGCCACAGAGGCCGCCAAACACAGGCAACACCAUUGCCCCAAGAAAUAGUAUACAGAGGGCCGAGACGCCCAGGCAUGUUAAAUUACUGCUGUUCAAUUUUAUAGCAGUUUCUGAUUGCCCUUUUAUUAUAGUAAUGCAUAGCAGUUUAAAACUAAAUGAAAUAUGAGAAUAUGCAAUACUGAUACAUACAUGGCCUUAGGAUACCUUUUUUAUGAAUGCAAUCCUUUCCUCAUCACAGCAAUUAUUGCUUCCAGUAGCUAUUUU